CUCCGGACUACUUCAAGAUGAUUAAGAAUCCAAUGGAUUUAGGAACGAUAAAACAGAAACUCGAGAGGAAUAUGUACUCUGCUGCAAAGGAAUUCGCUGAUGAUGUGCUGCUGACUUUUGGAAAUGCAAUGUCGCAUCACCCUCCUUCGUCUGAAGUUUAUCGCUCAGCAAGGCUAUUGGAUUGUAAUUUCAGGAGGAUGUGGGAAAUAUUGGAUGCAAAAUUCAAGCCAGUUGUAGAAAACAACCACCAUGUUCUGAAGCCGGCAGCUGAUCUUAUCAAAGCUCCCGUGCCUGAAAAACGUGGCAACUCAAGGCGAGCAUCACUUGUGAAAAGAUUGAAGUCAAAACCAGGGAGUAAGCAUGUCAAGCCUCGAAAGACAGCACUUAACGGAUUCUCAUUGAUGAGCACAAUUGUUGACGAAGAAUUAGCUAUUGAUUCUCGUACUCGUGGGGCUGCUCCCAAUGAAGAAAAAAGUCCUUGUUCGACCUCUGCCACGACUCCUGCAUCUGAAGAUUUGAAUAUGAUUAUGAAUAGUUUCACACUUUUCAUAAUUGGUUGCUCCUCUAUAGGUUUCAUGGCUGAUGUCCAAAUGUCUCCAAAGAAGGCUUUGCGGGUUGCAAUGCUCAAAAGCCGCUUUGCAGCUACUAUCUCCAAAGCUACACAUCCGUCACUUGAUGAAAAAACAAGGAUCGAAAAACAAGUCAAAGCUGCCGAAAUAGCCUCUCGUGAGAGAGAAAGAAAUGCUGCAAGGAUGGCACUAGAGAUGAUGGAAAAGGCUGCUGAGAUCGAUAGCCCUCCAAACAUGUUGAAAGAUAUGGAUAUUCUAUUUGGUUGCUAUCCAAAUUCGAAGUCCUUGGAGCAAAUUGGCUUGUUCCUAAAGGAGAACUAUUUGGAAGAUGUGAAAGAAGAUGAUUCAGAAGAGGGAGAACUUUUCUAGUAGAAAUCGGAUCAUACAUUCCCAAAAAAGAAGAAAGGA